AUGGCGCCAGCCCGUCGCCACCUCGGCCUUCCUGUGGCUUCACAUGGAUCUCGCCUUCCAGCGGAGCAGCCUCGUAGUAACGGGGAACUUCGGAAGGGGGGUCUUUCUCGUAAGGGCUUUGGGGGUUGGUGGGGGUGGGUGUUGCACGGGGGAGGUGAGCAGGCAGAGGUGCCAGCCCCUCUUCCUUCUCUGGCUGUUUCUGUCCUUGCAGACUGGAGGCCGGCGCUGAACCUCGCUGCCCUGGACUGUGCUGACGAGACCAACAGCGCAGUCUGCAGAGACUUCAACAUCGCCGGCUUCCCGACCGUGAGGUUCUUCAAGGCCUUUUCCAAGAGUGGCCCUGGAGCGACGUUGGCAGUGGCUGGAGCUGACAUGCAGACGCUGCGGGAGAGGCUCAUUGACGCCCUGGAGACCCAUGGAGCCACGUGGCCCCCUGCCUGUCCUCCACUGGAGCCGACCGGGCUGGAGGAGAUCGAUGGGUUCUUUGCCAGAAACGACGAAGAGUGCCUGGCCCUGAUCUUUGAAAAGAAAGGCUCCUACCUGGGUAGAGAGGUGAUUCUGGACCUGUCCCAGCGCGAAGGCAUUGCGGUGCGCAGGGUCCUCAACACGGAGGGCGACGUGGUGAGCAAGUUUGGCGUCACCGACUUCCCGUCUUGCUACCUGCUGUUUCGGAACGGCUCUGCCUCCCGGGUUCCUGUGCUUAUGGAAUCCAGGUCCUUCUAUACCAAUUACCUGCAGAGGUUCGCUGGGGCCACCCGGGAGGCUGCCCAGACCACGGUUCCGCCAAUCACUGCGAAUACGGUCGCUCCCACCGCGUGGAAAGUUGCAGACCGCUCCAAGAUCUACAUGGCUGACCUGGAAUCCGCACUGCACUACAUCCUGCGGGUGGAAGUGGGCAAGUUUUCCCUCCUGGAGGGGCAGCGCCUGGUGGCCCUGAAAAAGUUUGUGGCAGUCCUGGCGCAGUACUUCCCCGGCCAGCCCUUGGUCCAGAACUUCCUGCACUCCGUCAACGACUGGCUCCAGAAGCAGCAGAGGAAGAAAAUUCCCUACGGUUUCUUUCAGACUGCCCUGGAAAACAGGAAGGAGGGCGUUGUGAUUGCCAAGAAGGUGAACUGGGUCGGCUGCCAGGGGAGCGAGCCACAUUUUCGGGGCUUUCCCUGCUCCCUGUGGGUCCUCUUCCACUUCCUGACCGUGCAGGCAACACGGCAAAAUGUCGAUCGUUCUCAAGAAACAGCCAAGGCCCAGGAGGUCCUCCAGGCCAUCCGGGGCUACGUCCGCUUCUUCUUCGGCUGUCGAGACUGUGCUGGCCACUUUGAGAAGAUGGCUGCUGCCUCCAUGCACCGGGUGGGCAGUCGGGACAGCGCUGUUCUCUGGCUGUGGUCCAGCCACAACAAGGUCAAUGCUCGCCUCGCAGGGGCCCCCAGCGAGGACCCCCAGUUCCCCAAGGUGCAGUGGCCGCCCCGUGAACUCUGUUCUCCCUGCCACAACGAACUCCGGGGGACGCCCGUGUGGGACCUAGGCAACACCCUCAGCUUCUUCAAAACCCACUUCUCCUGGAGCAACAUCAUCAGGGACCUUCCUGCCCCGGAGCCCCCGCGGCGGGGAGCACAGAGGAUGGCCGCCUCCGCAGAGCCGGAGCUGGCGACCGGAAACUCCACUCUGGGCCCCGCGGAGGCUGAGAGCAUGGUGGGCCCAGGGGCCAACUUCCCCGGGACUCUCGUCCUGGGUGCUUUAGUGGACAGACUUGGGGCAAGUGGCCCCCCGGAGACGCAGGCUGGCCUCGGUGUGACCAGAGCUGAGCUAGAGCAGGGACCUCCUGAGCACAUAGCAGAGCUUCAGAGGGAGAGGUGGGAGCAGCCAGAAGGGCAGGAACCCUUGAGCGAGCGAGACUUGGGAGCCGGGUUGCUAGCUGAGCUCCCGGCUGAGGACCUCCCCACAGGCCCUUCAGAGCGGAGACGCGUGGGCCGCAGCUCCAAGCAGCUGGCCAGUGUCCCAGAGGGGGAGCCCGAGGCUGGGGCCCUGCGGGGCCGAGGCCAGUGGCUGCAGGUGCUGGAAGGCGACUUCUCGCACCUGGACAUCAGCCUCUGUGUGGUGCUCUACUCACUGUCCUUCAUGGGCCUGCUGGCCAUGUACACCUACUUCCGGGCCAGGAUGAGGGCCCUGAAGGGCCAUGCCAGCCACCCCACAGCCUGAACCGUCCAGCUGGGGAGGGUAGCAGGAAAGGGAGCUGCUGCUACCCAUGGGCUCUUCCAGCCCCCUGUCCCCCUCCCCGCCUUGCUCUUUGUCCAGGGAAACCCAGGAAAACCAGUUGCUCCAGUGAACCCUCCUUGGUCCUUGUGGGAAAGGAUGUUCCAGAGACAUGAAGACAUGCACGGGUCCAGGCUCCUCAGACAGCGCAGGGGCGGGGCAGCCCCGGGCAGGGAGGGUGGGAGCUCUGUCCACGGCUUCUCAGCACCCAAUUCCUCUCUUGCAGCUUAUCUGAAGCCCCGCCUCCUUCUUGCUGACGCUCCAAUGUCUCCUGCUUGGUCUUGGCCCUAAAUUGGGGCAAGUGAGCCACAGCUUCCAAGGCUUCCCAUCGGAGGAGGGUCCCCGGGGGGCUCCGUGGGCUGGAGCAGAACUCCUCCCCACACCCCAAGGCCCCACCCAUCCCGCUCCCUUCAGGAUACAGAGGCCUUCGCACCAGAGAAGGAAGGACCGCCUCUGGCCCUGGUGGCCUGCCCAGCCUCCGGCCCCUCAGACCUCCUGGCUGGGGGGCGGCUUUAGCGUAGGGACUGGAAGCUUGAGGUCAUGCUGACCUCCCAGGUGACAUUUGUCGGGAGGACACCUGGGACUGGUCCUUCCCAAGCCUCUGCUACAGGGAGUGCACAGGCUGGGGCUGGUGUGGGCUUGCUCCGCUGGGUGGGUGAUGGCCGCUGGGCUGGGUGAGUGGCUGGCUUAGCGGGACCUGCACGAAGGGCAGCGUGGGACUGAGGUUGGGGAUGUUGGGACCUACCGUGCCUUACUCGGGGCUGAGCUGGGAGAGGUGGAGUGAAGAAGCAGGAAAACGUUGCUUCACAUGUGCUCUGGCUCUUCCCCCUUCGGCGCACCUAUCUGGGAGCUGGACCUUGCUUGAUUUCGAUUUUCAAAAUAGAUGCUAAUCUUUGAGUGUGGAGGGUGCUGGAGUGAGAGGAGUAUCGCCUCUCGGGGGCCACCUCCCGUCUUGUAGAGGUGAACGGGUCAGAGGGGCGGGUGGCGCUGUACAUACACAUGCUUGAUUCUCACUCUGCCCACUGCUGGCGAGGGCUGUGGAAUAAAUUAUUUUUGUUAAGGCAAGCA